UCAGUUUCCUCCUUCCAUAAACAUUCAAAACACUAAGCUCCGGAAACUCCAUCCUUCUUCAAAUUACCACACUGAUUAACCUUCCGGUCUCCGAUUAAACUACUUCCGAUCAAAGCAAUGGAUGAACUCGAAGCGAAGACGAAGCCGGACGGCGUUCCGGCGUCUUCUUCCUCUACUUCUCCUUCGUCUUUGAGAACUUCUCCCCGGCCGAUUGAAGGUCUACACGAUGUCGGACCGCCUCCAUUUCUGUCCAAGACCUUUGAUAUGGUGGAAGAUCCUUUGACGGACUCCAUUGUUUCGUGGAGUAAAGCUCGUAAUAGCUUCAUCGUUUGGGACUAUCUCAAAUUAUCCACUACCUUGCUUCCUCGAUACUUUAAACACUCUAAUUUCUCCAGUUUCAUUCGUCAGCUCAAUACUUAUGGUUUUCGAAAAGUCGAUCCCGAUCGUUGGGAGUUUGCGAAUGAGGGAUUUCUUGGAGGACAGCGGAAUCUAUUAAAAACGAUUAAGAGGAGGAGGCAUUCGUCCCAAAGCUCUCAACAGCAAGGAGGAACAUGUGUGGAAUUAGGGCAAUUUGGAUUGGAAGGCGAACUUGAGAGGCUGAGAAGGGACAGAAGCUCGUUAAUUGUGGAAUUAGUAAGAUUGAGGCAACAACAUCAAAGUUCAAGAGAGCAAGUAAUGGCCAUGGAGGAUAGGCUACAGAAAGCAGAAAGUAAACAGAAGCAGAUCAUGACAUUCCUCAGCAAAGCCCUAAAGAAUCCGUCCUUCAUUCAGAAAUUAAUCCAUAGUAAUCAGAUAAGAGAACUGACAAGCGUUGGAAUCGGUCGAAAGCGAAGACUAACUGCUAGCUCAAGUCUAGAGAAUCUCCAGGAUGAGACCAUACUAGCAGCUGUUAAACAAGAACAGCUAGAAACUCCGGAGCCUGAUAUGGAAUCGCUGUUAACAGCCAAUUUUGAAGAUGAGUCAAGCAGUGAGAUCAAGGAUGUUGAUCACUCAAUUCAUGAGGAAAUAUUGGAUGAACUUUGGAAUGAAGAUCUUAUGGCUGAAAAUCCAGAGGAGGAAGGCGUAAUGGUUGGUGAUCAAUCAGAAAUCGAUGUGGAAGUGGAGGAUUUGAUUGAUGAACCUCCUGAUUGGACCGAGGACUUGGAGGAACUCGUUGAUCAAAUGGGGUUUCUUCAGCCCAAGCCGUAGAUAUAGCAAUGUAGAUAGUGAAAUCAAUGAUUUGCUCCUCUUUGGUGUGGUAUAGGUUUGAGGAUGGUGGAGGUCGCAAAGGAGCCACUGAUUGUUCUUGUUUCGCUUAUAUUUUUUUUAAGAAUCAUUGGCUUAUGGUUACUCUUUUCCUUCGUGGUUUUAUUUGCAGGCAUGUGCAUAAAAGGACCUGCGAGAUUAUUCAGUCAUUUGCUGAUUUCUUUACCACUAAGAAAGAAGGAAGAAUCACAUGUUUAUAUUCUCAAGUGGAAGAAAGAAAAUCUACAUAGAGAACAAAGAUGUACUUUCAAGUCAUUACAGGCCGAAAGAACAAAGAUGAGUUAUCAUUUACAUGAAAUGCUGAGCCAAAUAAGAGUGUUUGUUGUGGGGCUGCAGAGGCAGGAGCCUGAACCUUAG